GUGUUUUGAUAUCCUGUUUUUCCGCAGGAAAACCUAACAAAAAAGAGAAAACAUGCAGGAAAAACCAAUCAUCGCCAAAGCAGUCGAAAUAAAGUAGCAUAAGUGAUAUCAUAUAUUGGAAAUCGAACGAAAGUCAUACCGAAUCGCAUGUAUUUUGCGACAAUCUUUCAAGUUUGUAAAAUGCUUUAUCAAUUGUGUUGGUUUCUUGCGACAUGCUGCACUUUCCUGGUCAACGCCUUGUGGUUAUGUUGUAACUUUGCAUCAGUCGGCAUUCCAUGGUUGAUGCUUUUUUUCGUUCUGCUAUGCAUUGCAUCUAAAUUCGUGAAGCUGAGGUCCCCUGAAGAUGAGCUUAUUAUGUCAAUGUUAUCUAAAAAUAAAACGGCACAAGGAAGCGAACCGCUGUACUGGCCGAUCAUGAGUCGGGGUGGUGCUUUCGAUGCUCCAGAUAAUUCGCUGGCUGCCAUCAACCAGUGUCUCGCACAUCAAUAUCGGAAUAUUCUGCUGGACCUUAGCGUUACCAGUGAUGGGAAAGCUAUUAUUUUUCACAAAUCCACACUCGAAAGAGCUGACAUAAAUGAGCCAGUGAGCCGACUGCAUUCCAGUUUCUUCGAUAACUUCAGCAUUACCGAACAUCAUCCACUGGGGGCCCUUUUUCAGUGCGAGAUGGUUGUGACGUUCGAGAAACUGUUGAAAUUACUUGAAACCACUGAUUUCACAGUUUUCCUCUUGGCUUCCGAAGUAAGCACCAACUUGCUGGACAUCGUUUGUGAAGCGGUGAAGAAUUCUCCAAUAUUCACUAAACGAGUCAUAUUUUGUUGUUCUUCAGCGUCGACCAUUUAUCGACUACGUCGCGAGUACCCGAAGCUGGUGUGUGCACUAUGGAUGGCAAAAUUUGGAUGUGUUAAAAUGCCUCGCUUUCUCAAUACCUCUGCUAUAUUACUAUCAAUCAUCGGUGCCAUUUAUCGCAAUUUAAUUGUACCAGUCGUUGGUAUUAGCUUUGUCUUUCUUCACAAGGAUGAGUUUAAUGCACAAAUCGCUACACUAUGGAAUAAUGUUGGUGUUCGGCCUAUCGUGUAUACAAUAAAUUCACCGAACGAAAAGCGUUAUUUUCAACAGAUAACGAAAACGCUCUAUGUCACGGAUUCACUCCGCUCUGAACCUCAACUUAUAUUCAAAUCGUACCGAAAAUAGUUUUUCUAGUAAUUUUUGUAACAGAAUAACAAUAAUUUGAGAUUUUAAGUUAAGUAAAGCACACAUAUAGUAGCUCACUGUUCUUUAAAGUGUGCAAACAAACCGCAUACUUAUCUAGUCCGCGAAAGAUUGGUGUAAUACGAAUAAUGUAUUUUUUUUUGUAUAAGGUAUGUUUUUGAAAACUGAAACGUUAGUACAUAUAAAAUCGGUAUAGCCAAUGCCUAGUACUGUCAUAGUAAGCAGCAGUAUUUACAUGUCUAACAUUUUACGACAUCUUCGACUUGAUCAUUGACUCAACGUCGUGUUGAUAACGUGCCAUCCGGGUUCCUGAAAGCUAUAAUCCUUGAAGGAACAGUUUUCGUUCGACUACCCUACGUAAGGAACUACUGCUCCGUAUAUUAGGAAAGAACACGAUAAAAAUAGUUUGGAACUGCCCAUCAUCCUAUAAUUUUUAUGAGUUAUUGGUACCAAAGCUAAAGAAGUGCAGGACCGAAGGCUUGGCAUAUUUGCACUAGCCCUUUACUGUUUUAUUUAUUAUUAUCUUUGAGAGAAUAAUGGCAACAUUAAGUAUUACCAGUUUCCAAACCGGCAUCACCAAUUUCCUGAACGCAUGUAUAUCGUCUAGAUUCAAUAGCAACUUUUUUAAAACGUGUGUAUUUUAAAUCCUUUGCUUAACAUAAAA